AUGUCCUCUUCAAUUGAAUACAAAAAGCUUGGUGCCUCUGGUUUGGCUAUUUCUCCUAUCAUCGUGGGAUGCAUGUCCUACGGUAAGAAAUUUUGGGCCGACUGGGUUAUGGAAGAUGAAGAACAGAUCUUCAAAAUCUUGAAGAAGUGCUACGACUCUGGUAUUAGAACUUUUGAUACUGCUGACUUGUACUCCAAUGGUCAUUCGGAAGUUAUCUUGGGUAAGUUCUUGAAGAAGUACAAUAUUCCAAGAGAGAAAGUUGUAAUUUUAACUAAGUGCUUCUGUCUAAUUGACACAAAUAUCCCUGAUUUAAACAUCGAAACGCAAUACAAUUACCCAUCCUAUGAGUUUGUUCAUAACCAGGGUUUGUCAAGAAAGCAUAUUUUCGAUGCCGUCAAAGGUUCAGUUGAAAGAUUGGGAACCUACAUCGAUGUCUUGCAAAUUCACAGAUUGGAUGAGGAGACCCCAAAGGCUGAAAUUAUGAGAGCCUUGCACGAUGUCGUUUCUAGUGGUGAUGUCAGGUAUAUCGGUGCUUCCUCUAUGAGAGCCGCUGACUUCGUUGAAUUACAGUUCAUUGCUGAUAAGAAUGGCUGGACUAAGUUCAUCAGUAUGCAAAACUUCUACAACUUAAUCUACCGUGAGGAAGAAAGAGAAAUGAUUCCUUUCUGUAACGAUAACUCCCUUGGUAAGGUUGGCUUGAUCCCAUGGUCUCCAAUUGCCAGAGGACUUUUGGCUAGACCUCUUGGUGUAGAGUCUAACCAUAACAGAUCUGCCGACACUGACUUGGCAUUUGAGUUCUUUGGUUUGGCAAACUUGACUGAAGCCGACAAGGAGAUUAUCAAGAGAGUCGAAGAAGUUGCCAAAAAGCAUGAAGUCAGUAUGGCUGUAAUCUCCUCUGCUUGGGUCUUGAGCAAGGGUGCGUUCCCUAUCAUCGGUCUCAACUCCGAAGCAAGAGUUGACGAUGCACUUAACUCUCUCACUGUUAAGUUAACUGAUGAAGAAGUCGCAUACUUGGAAGAGCCUUACAAACCUAAGCCAGUAUAUGGUUUUCAACAUUUUAAGUGA